AUGCCGGGGCUUUUCCCAGAAUUGCCCGCUGAAGGGUCGAAUGGUCUCGAGCUUCAACUAUAUGAGAGACAUACUCAGCUGGAUAAUGAGAGUAUCGAAGGGUUAGACGGUGGAUCCACGAAAGGGCUGCAGAUCGAGGCCAAUCGCGAGCCAAAAUACCCUCCAGGCCGCCAGCAAGUUCAACCACAUCAACCACCCCCUCUUCUGGGAGAACCUAGCCCGCCCUUAACCCCCCGAUGUCAACCCAAGCAGCUCUCGACUCCUCGUUGCCAAGAUCAACAAGGCACCGAAGAUCUAGAAAAGGGGGUUAAGUGGAAGGAGGAUAAAAAGGAGAACAAGGAGGAAAUUCUGAAGGAAAAGGAAAGGUUGAGGAAGAAGGAGGAGAAGUUAAGGAAGAAAGAGGAAGAGCUAAAGAGGAUGGAGGAAAACCUGAAGAAAAAAGAGGAAAAGCUAAAGAAGCAGAAUAAAGGAAAAGAGGAAGAUAAGUCGAAGAAGGAGGGGAAGGAGAGGGAGAAUGGGAAGGGGAAGAAGGGAGAGAAGGAACAUGAAGGCAGGGGGACGAACAAGGGACCGGAUGAAAAGGACAGGAAGCAGCGCAAGGACAGGAAGAAGCGCGCUGGAACAGGGCAAUCCGGUAGUGGUUCUGCGGAGGGAGAAGGAAGUGGCGGAUACUACGGCCAGCAAAAGGCUAUUGGUUGGUGGGAAGGUGCGCUCCUCUAUGCUUCCUUGCCAAAUGGCGGGCAACAUUAUUCGGGCCAUCAAACUUCUUUUCUCACAUUGCAAGUUCCUGACCGUCACCAUCUUCAACAUUAG